CCGCUCUAAAACUUCCUUCCCAAUGAAAGAUUCUCACUAGUCUCUUUAUUGGAGAAAAAGUCACUUUUGACGAUCUUUCGAUGUGGUAGCCGUCGGGUGUGCGGCACAGUCCUUCAUGAACGCUAGCGGGCCCUUGUUCAUUGCCCAAGAGGCCCUGUGCUUCUACGAGAUUAGCACAAUAUAUAAUUCUUGCCCAAGAUAUCUCUUCUACGGCCUCUUGAUUGCGAGCUGUGUGACACGCUGGACAGGAUGGCUCGCCGAUGUCUUCCUGGGAGCUGCCGCCACAUAUGCAGGUACUGCUGCAAUCGAGGCAUUCAUUCUGAUAGCCGGUGAACAGAAGAGACCAGAUCCAGCACCAGUCACUAUCCCAGUGGUCUCGUAUAAUACCACUCUAUGGGAUGACUUCCCUCAGUUAAUCACGGAGACGAACCAGGUCAUGAUCCAGCCCGCGUCUCUCGAGCUGGAUGGCGAUGCGGUCCUUGCUAUCGUGGUGACGGGGUACCUCGUCUUUUUACCUCUCCAGUGCUGGUCUCGCAUUUUGACACACCAAAGAGCUCGAAACGUCCUGUUCUACCUAUGGAAUCUCCUGAUGCUCGCAGGCUCAAUCUGCGCUUUGGUCUACGCGGCCAACAAAUCCAAAACACCCACGCAGUACAUGUUCUGCUACCCAGAUCUCCCUCCUUAUGAAUCCACAUCUAGUGACGGCUGGCAAUCCUCCUGGAGGACAUCCACUUGGAAUAACAGCGUGUGGCAAACUUUCUCAAAUGCAACUAGAUGGAAUCUCAUUGGAGAUAUCUGCUACAAUCCGUGUUUUAACUCGUCACAAAUACUUCGCCAGUCGACAUCAUUGCAAUCUUGGGUGGCGAGCAAGGACACUGAACUUGCCCAUCCGAAACGUUUCUGGGACAGACUUAUCUACUCGAGGCGGUAUAUUUACAGCCUGAUCAUUCUCUGCCUCGUGUUGAACCUGGUCCAUUUGACCUUCAAGUUUCUUCCCUACCGGUCGCGCAUUCCAUCCGCUAAAAUAAUGGUGAUAUGGCGAGAGAGGAGAAAUAUCUGGAACAGCUUCAAAGGAGAACUGAAAACUGCUCGCUUGAAAGCCAAGGAGGAAUUAGUACACAAAGAGGCCGAACUCAGCCAUGGCGAAACAUCAAGAUCGAAUCACUUCCGAUCCUUUUUCAGCAUGACUUUCCUGAAAGCUUUUAUGCGAGUGUCAGCGGACUUUCUCAUUCUCUUCGGUCUUGUCUUCAGCAUGAUCGUUAGCCCCUUUACCAUUCUUGCCUUUGUGGCCUGGGCCGAGUGGACUAUAUACAAUGACGGCCCUGCUCAAGAAAGUCCCUCACAGGUCGGGCAGUGGUCGUACUUGGUGUCCUUUGGGCUGCUUUUGAUCUCGGCUGCAAUUUUGACACUGAAGUACCGCCUUGCUACGAUGACCGAGCUGGAUGAGGAAAUUGAAAAGUUACGAGAUGACCUUGAGACAUUAGAGCGGAGGAAGGAAAAGCGGCUGCGAUCGGGAACUGCGCCCUUGAUGGCAACAGGGAAUACCCCCGAAGAUGGUUGAUGGGCUUGAGAGGGAUGUGCAAGUUAAUUAUGUUCAAAACCGUGAGUGAUACUGUCGUGUGAGUGAGACCCCCUCAUGUCUGCAGAUAAGAAUAGCGGGAAUGAGACUUCAGUACAUCUUUCGUGGCCUUCCAAGGCAGUGUGGCUUGGGUAGUUUAAACUAAUAUAUAAUCAUCUGAUCAUGGAACUUGCCCGCUGUCGCUUGGACCCCUUGCCCAGACGAGGUUGACACCCGUGCCGAAGUUGACCCGUGUCACAUUAAUUGCUGGAGGCCGCCAUGCUUUUUUGCGUCUAGCUUUAGUAGGUUUGCAAAUCUUCUUCUACAUUUGCGUGCGAUUGGGUUGUAAACACCGACUCUGGCUGGCGCCAAGGUUAUAAACCUGGAGUAUGAAGCGGG